AGCUCUCUCCAGUCUCCACACUCCCCCAGCCCAAGUGCCGAGUGCCCAACAACUCCACCACCGCCGCUCCGCACCGCAGAUAGCAGCAGCCAUGGACACGAACGACACCCGCGAGCCUGCCUCGCCGGCCUCCGCGUCCUCGACGUCGUCGUCGUCGUCGUCUGGCCCGUCGUCCUCCCGGGCCCCGAAGAAGCGGGCGCGCCAGGACGGGAGCCGGCACCCGACGUACCGCGGCGUGCGCAUGCGGAGCUGGGGCAAGUGGGUGUCCGAGAUCAGGGAGCCCCGCAAGAAGUCGCGCAUCUGGCUGGGCACGUUCGCCACCGCGGAGAUGGCGGCGCGCGCGCACGACGUGGCCGCGCUCGCCAUCAAGGGACGCGCCGCGCACCUCAACUUCCCGGAGCAGGCGCACCUGCUCCCGCGCCCGGCCAGCGCGUCCCCCAAGGACGUGCAGGCCGCCGCCACGCUAGCCGCGGCUACCGACUUCCCGCCGCCGUCCUCCUCCCCCGGCGCCGGCGGCGCCAAUGCCAAGAGCCCCGAGAGCAGCUGCUCCGACGGCGCCAGCGCCGCCGCCUCGCCGCCUCACGAGGCGCCCCCGCAGGACGCCGUGCCGGACCCCGACGACGCGCUGUUCGACCUCCCGGACCUGCUCCUGGACCUGAGAUGCUGCGGGCCGUCCUCGUGGGCCGUCGACGACGACGUGGCCGGCGGGGAGCCGCUGCUGUGGGAGUACUGAUGCUGAUCAAUGCCGCGAGUUCUUGGAAGCAGUCGCUGCCAGUCAUCCGCACCUCCUUCCGCAGUCUACACGCAUCGCCGCUAUCGAGUAUUAGAUCGAUCGGACACAUGUAAAUGCCGCCGCUUUCGUUCUCUCCGCUUCGCUUUCUUCUUUUACUGGUAGCAGCAGCAACUUCUCUCUCCAGAACCAGAAUUGCCCCGCUGUUCCGUCGUCCCCUGUUUCGUUUCCCUUUGCCAGAUUUAGGAGCCGCGCUUGUACAAAGCUACUUUUCGCCUUCUCUUGCUUGAUUUGGGGGACAAGAAUAUGUAUAAUUAACGAGCAUCUUAUCUUCCAUCA